UCUGUCAUUCACUUUACGUUAUUUUCCCACCAUGAAUUCGGACACAGUUUUAUUGUUGGAGACUAUUAAUUUUGCCGCAGAGAAACAUCGUAACCAGCGACGUAAAGAUCCUGAGGAAACGCCGUACAUUAAUCACCCCAUCGGAGUAGCGAGAAUCCUCAGCUAUGAAGGAGGCAUCACAGACAUCAAGGUUUUGCAAGCUGCUCUGCUUCAUGACACAGUGGAGGACACGGACACAACUCCUGAAGAGAUCGAGGCAAAGUUUGGGCCGAUCGUAGCUCGUAUCGUUCAGGAGGUGACGGAUGACAAAACGCUGCCCAAACAUGAGAGAAAGCGCAUGCAAGUGGAACACGCGCCUCAUAGCAGUGGCCAGGCCAAACUGGUUAAACUGGCUGAUAAGCUGUACAACCUGAGGGACUUGAACCGCUGCACACCUGCCGGUCAGCACCCCUCUCUCACAGUCCUUACUCUUUACUGUAACUGAGUCGCAUGUGCAGGGUGCCAGAUUUAAGUUGUUAAAUGACAAUAAAUAACAGUACAUACACAUUUGUAUGUAAAAAAUUGCAAGAACCUAAAUAAGGAUGCAGCACUAUGUAAUACAAAUUUAAAAUAGUAGAAUCAUAAUCAGCACGUUAGCUAGUCAAAACCGAUCCAAUACCCCUGCUGUUUUUAUUUAAACUAGAGAUAGGAAAAUGCAGUAAAUAAUACAAAAUGACCAUUAAUGAUUUUCUAUAUUUUUCUUAUUGUCAACAAAUUCCGUCUCUUGGUUAUUUUUGACUUCCCUGCCCUGGCUCUCAGCACCAAGACAAUCCUCUAGUGAAGACUUAAAUCUUUCAAACGGCUCCAAAAUAAAAAUUUUGAAACCACUUAAUAAUUUACUGAAACAGCUGGGCAUUGUAGCUUUAAGCAACUGUUACUCAAACACAAGGACGUAGUGCAUUUGGGGGCAAACUAUUUUCAGCUAUAUCAGGCUUAAGCUACACAGGCGAUACUUGUAAAUGGGAUCAAUUCAUUGAUAGUUUUGAUCUCAUGGAUUUGUCGACUUUUAAGAAAAAAUUCCUUUUGGCCUUUAAAUGACAGUGCAGGAGUACACACAAUACUGUGUACCCAAGUCAUACAAAUAAAAGUACUCAUUUGGGAAAUGGGUUUCUUUCAGAGAGUUGAAUCAUAGAUGUGUUAACGUGUCUAACUAUUACUACAGACAAAACAAAAACUGUACUCUGGCAGGACACUGGGAAGCUACAGUUGUCAGAUAAAUGGAGCGGAGUGAAACUGUUAACACCUCCCAGUGAAGUACUGUUAGUAAAUUCUCACAAAAUGGCAAUGCACAAGUACCAGUACCUCACAAUGUACUUAGUCCCCAUACCUUCUCCCUUUUGUGUGUGUGUGUGUGUGUGUGUGUGUGUGUGUGUGUGUGUGUGUGUGUGUGUGUGUGUGUGUGUGUGUGUGUGUGUGUGUGUGUGUGCGGUUGGACAGCUGAGCGGGUGCAGGAGUAUUUUGUGUGGGCCUGUGAGGUGGUGAAAGGCCUGAAAGGAACCAACUUGGCUCUGGAGGAGAAGCUGGAGGAGCUGUUCAGACAGAGAGGGGUCCAGCUCUGACAACACAGUGGAGGGCAGAACGGUCAUAUUACAAAUGAAAUACAUUAGAAUUUUUAAAUUAUGGAAAUAAAUAAUAUUCAUUUACAUUG